AAGUGUAGUGACUGGACCUCUAUCUUCCCACAUGGAGGUGGAAGGCCGGAUCAUAGAGGCAUGUGGAUAAUUUGAGGAAUAGAAACAAAUCACCAAGAAUUGAUUCCACCAGGGUUCACGACUAGGUCAGCAUUUCCUGUCAAGAGAACUCAACCCAAUACAGACUUGUCUGAUGUUCCUCUAAGAAUUGAAGAUACAGAUCUACAGGACCUCAUCCAAGCACCUAAUGUUCAGGCAACUCUGGAAAAGGAGGUUCCUGACAAAGCAUCUGGGGUUGUGGAGCUGAGAUUCCGCACAAGGAAACCACCAGAAAAGUAACUUACAGUGUUUCAAGGAGGAAUAGUGUGGCCUGGGAUCAGUGCAUUUCAACCAAAGAUGGAGAACACAGGUUCCAAACUACACAGUGAUGAAAUCAAUACAAAGCAUUCAAAGUCUCCCUUUGACCUGAUUGUGAACCAGAUCUGGAGGAGUAAAUCUUUUACAGAGAGAUGGCCACAAUCUUCAAUAUCUCGCUUCUUUAAGGCACCUGAGAAUUCUAAUGAAGCUGCCUGUGUCACAGAAAAGCAGAAAUUAGGGAAACCAUCAAUGGAUUCAGGAAAUAAAGGGAAUGUUUCAAAGAUAUCAGAUGAAUCGAAGUCCCUGGAUCUUGAGUGCAGCACAGCCAGAUGGGCUCAAGUCGUUGAGUUUAUGGCAAGGUUGGGGAAGAAGCCACACUCAAAGUAUAUGAAUCUCAGUAAUAGUUGGCUCACUGCUAAUGAUGCAGUUCAGUUGGCUGCCUUGUUGCCAAACUUGCCUAACUUGGAGGAACUGGACCUUUCUUGGAAUGAGACAAUUGGUGGAACUCUCAAACUGCUGACCAAUCAUCUGCAGCACAUGCCCCAGCUGAGGGUGCUUGUGCUGGGCAGCUGUAGACUGUCUGAGACAGAUGUCUCUGCCCUGGGUGACUGCAUCCAACUUUUGCAAAACAUUGAAGAGAUUGAUUUAUCCUGGAACAGCAACUUGGGAGGAAAUCUGUCUCUCUUUACUGAGAAGCUCCAGCCAGUCAGUAAGCUGAAGGUUCUAAGACUGAUCGAUUGCAACCUAACUGCAGAAGAUGGGAGAGAAUUGGGAAAGGCUUUGUCUGCAACAACAAGAUUGGAAGUUCUGGAUCUCUCCAUGAAUAAAGAUGUCGGGAGUGGUCUGGGAAUUUUAUUUCAGGAGCUGAAGCAUGUACCUCAUCUGCAAGUGUUUAAGUUGCACCUGUGUGGAUUGACAAGGGACAAUAUCUAUGAUUUAGGUGAUGCUCUGGAACAUAUACCUAGUGUGAAGAAGAUGGUUUUCUCCUGUAAUGACAUUGGUGGUGGCCUCAAGGAGACUGCAGUCCAUUUAUUGAACUUCAAACAGCUCCAAGUGUUUGAUGUCCAUCAGUGUUCAUUGACUGAAGAUGAUGUUUCUGCCCUGACCCAGAUAAUCCCCCUGCUGUCCAAUCUACAAGUACUGAAUUUAUCCUUGAAUAAGAAUUUAGGAAAUUCUGUGAGGCACCUGAUUGCUCGACUCCGCUUCUUACCAAGAUUAAAAAGUCUUUUUGCCAACAAUUGUAACUUAACCAAGGAAUCCAUUGUGGAAUUAGCUGACACCAUCCCAAACCUGACGGAGCUGGAGAUCUUGGACCUGUCCUGGAAUAAAUGCAUUGGUGGAAAUCUGGGGUUACUUGUCCGAAUGUUGCAAAAUAACCCCCAUCUCCAUGUGCUGAAGCUGUGUAGCUGCAAUCUGACCAGCCAGGAUUUGGCAUCUCUCGUGUCAGUCUCAAGUGCUGGAUUUCUAGAAAGCCUCGAGAAGCUGGAUUUAACCUACAACAAUACUAUCGAUGAUCAAUCUUGGGCAAUGUUUUUCCAGGAAGUAGAUGGCCUCAAGGAACUCUCUGAGCUGGACAUUGGCCUACGACCUUUGACUCACCGAGAGUGCCGCCUAUGGAUUGCCAUUCUUCUGGACUGCCUGGUUAGGCUUCCCUCCCUGACAGAGUUAGGGAUGCAUCACUGGGUCAUUAGUGCUUCACAACAAGACCUUCUGGACAAUUUCAACAAGGACAAUAAGAGGAACAUCCAUUUUGCCUAUUAGUCACUGGGUACAUGCUGAAAAAGAGAUUCAAAGGUCAGGGGCCAAACUCUCAAUAUUGACAAAUUACAGGUUAUUUUUAACAGCCUUUCAAAAUUGACUCCAAGCAUUUCACACCCACCCAUGUCUGGUUCGAGGACAUUGACUUCAGUCCGCCUUUCACACCCACCCACCUCAUUGCACUGACUGAGUUCAAUCUGUCCAUAUCUUUAAAAGAUGGUGAAUGUUUGAGGUACAGAGAUAGGGAAUGAUGGAAAUGCUGAGCAGGUGAGUUGGUGACUGUAAAGUGAAUGGAUGGGUUCCCAUCACCUGGUUCUGUUUCCACAGACGUUGACCUGCUUGAAUUUGCACCAAUAGCAUUCUGAUGUUUGUUAACCCUCCCUAUGUUAAUUAUUGAUUCUGAGCCCUGAAGAUUAAAUGCCACUUUAUUUUCAA